CUGGGUGGACGACAGUCGGUCAGAGGGGAACGAAACAAUAUUGCAUUGCUAAAUAUAAUAGCGACGAGACACGCGGUUUCUAUACUACUAUACCGUCUGCUACGGCGGCAUGAGGGCGGCGUCGGUCAUCGCCUGAAUCACCAUCGAUGUCCAAUAUCGUCAUCCUCAUCGCCUUCGUGUACGACGGUAAUCGUGAACGCGCGUCUCUUGUUGCCUCUCUCAAAGGCCGAUUGUGGAAAACGGGGUGGUGAACUUUUCCCAGGCGAACGCGUCCGCAAAUAAGUGUGUCUUCUGAAGAGUUUUAUUUUUGACAGAGCUUUUCUUCACCGGAAUUCGGACUCUUGUCACAUUGCUGCGUUCGCGUAAUUCAAGCCGUAGGAGAGAUGAGUAACCAGAAACCCGAAGAUCUUUUGUCGGUGGUCAUAUCGACUGAACUUCCGCCAUCUCCGAAUUCCCGACAACUUUUUAUAAAUCAAGAUCAACAGGAUGAAGAAGCGUCCGAUUGCCCCUUAUUAACGCCGAGUCCGCCACCCACCCAAUCGGCCAAGACUCCUCCAAUAUUCAACACUCUAGAAGAAGCUCCAUCAGAAAUACCGACGCCAACGCUUGAGAAUAUUAACACGGAGGACGGACUUAGCUUUAUGAACAUAGUGAACAGUUCGAGUAAGCCUUUACAUGAUGAACCGAGUUCACGUGAUCCUAUGGUGGAAUCCACAUCCAGCAGCGGUAGCAGCAGCGAUACGAAGGAACCCGUUUGCGCGCAACUCAUGACGCAAUUGAGCACCGCGUAUCAGCAUCUUGCCCCCGAUGCGCAAGCUUUAUUUUACAACCAGGAGAACGGUGGCAUGCCGCCGCUCGUCGGAAUACAUCUGGUGGUCCCGAAACCGCCCAAGGAUUACCGUUUCAUGAAAUGGAACUGGCCGUUGAUACGGAAAACGUGUUACUGGUCGCUGAUGUCGAUUCUGACCGGAUGCGCCGCGCUUGUUAUCGGCAUUAUCGCCACGAUGCCUAAGAAAUGUGAUCCAGCGGUGGAAUGGUGGCAAGGCAGCACCUUUUACGAAAUAUUCCCGGCGUCCUUCCAAGAUUCGAUGAAAGGCGCCAACGGGAUCGGCGAUUUACGCGGGAUAGUCACGCGGUUGGACUAUCUGAAGGACCUCGGGGUGCGAGUCGUUCGACUCAACUCGAUCUUCCCGGCGUCGCAUUACCCGGAAUAUUACUCGGACAUCAGCAACAUGACGGACGUGAACAAGGAGCUGGGCACGCUGGAGGAUUUUUCCGUGCUCGUGCGGGAGAUUCAUAUGCGAAAUAUGAGCAUCGUUCUCGACUUGCCUCUGUAUCCGUACGUGAAGAUUUCGAACGACGAAGCGGCGCCCGUCGUCGCAAAAACAAACGAGACCAAACAAGCGAUUCGGAACAGACGAGACGUUACGAACGACGCGAUGAUCCGCGUAUUGCAUCCGUCCGCAUCGACCACGUCGGUUGAAGCAAUUGGCGACAUUUUGUCGUCCGUCCCAUCACCGCCGCUGGAAGAGAUGAUGAAGCAGGCGCUUUCGUCCAAUCCCGCGGAUUCCUAUCAAGGACACCUCGUCACUGAAGCUAUCAAGAUCUGGAAGCAAAGAGGAGUGGACGGGUUUUAUUUGAAGGGAUUGGAGCACUACGUCAACGAGGACACGUUCGUGAACUAUCUCAAGUACUGGAGGUCCCUUGUACUUCCGAGCGGUAUUCUCAUGUGUCACAUGAACGUUCUGGACGCCGCGAUUUCCGUGGCCGCGAGAAACACCAUCUUGGCCAGAAUAGAUCUGAUCGACGUGAUUCUUCGUUUGACGAACAGUACGAAGGAUAUUAAGGCGCAAAUCGACAGCGUCAUGAACGGUGUGCUCUUCGACAAACCCGGUUAUCCGUGGAUACACUGGUCCGUGGGCAACGUGGAUUCCAACAGGAUGGCUUCCACCCUGAGCGUGAAGAACGCCACUAUAGCGGCUUCUCUUUUGAACAUGAUGCUACCCGGAACACCCAGUAUAUUUUACGGAGAUGAGAUAGGUAUUGAAGAUUGUGAGUGUCAAGAUCACAAAGAUUUGGCGCACGUGCAUAAUUUAGUUCCUAUGUAUUGGGAAAAGAAGGACAAUUCCGAUAGCAGUUUUUCGCCCAUGGGAAUCACGACCUGGUUACCGGAAGCUAGGAAACCAACGGAAACUAUGUUGAAGGGUGCCAUUACGCAAAUGACGAGACUGCGAACGGAAACAACGCCGAUUUACGUCAAAGCGGUGCUCAGAGAAAAUCAAAUUACGGCAAAUUGCGACGUUAGAUACGCGGAAGAUGACAUGAUCGUGAUCGAACGGUGGUAUCCGCGAAGAAAUUCUUACGUGUUUGUGGCCAACUUCGGUAACGAGACGCGUAAAAAGGAUUUGUCGUCUCUUUAUUACGGUGGUUACGUUGUUGUAGGCCCUAAAUAUAGAAUAAAUCGAGAUGUGUACUUUAAAGAACUUACCGUCCUCCCCGGAGAAGCGUUCGUCAUAAAAUUGGAUAAAUAAAAAAAACUUAAUUAGAAAGAAUAAAUCGCAACAUUAGAUGUUUAUUUCUCUAUUUUAUAUAAAUACAUAUCUCUGUCUCUUACUCUCAUGAUCGAGAUUAAAGAGUGUCGAUUGAAAAUGGAGGUAUUUUGCAACGAGAUAUUUCUAUAAAACUGCAGAAGGCCUUUCGAAAUCUUUAUUUUUGUUUAAAAGAGAUAUGUUUUUAACUAAAAAAAUGAGGGAAAAAAAAUCAAAUUUUGUAUCUACAUACAAAUAACACAUGUCAAUGAUAUAAAUUUUAGUUGUGUUUGUAUCAAAAUACCUGAUUUUUACAACGAAAAAUUUUAAGCAUAUCAGCCAUAUUAUUUGAACAAAUUGCAAUUUGAUAAAAAAAAAAGAACAAAUUAACUAACAAAAAGAGGAAAGAAUCCGUGAAUUCUAUAUUUUAUAGUUCUUUUACCGAGAAAAGUUCAAAAACUAUUAUCGCGGAUAUAUGUGUUUGUGGAUGCGCAAAUCGUAAUUUUUACAAUAAAAUUGUUCACAAAACGGCAUAGAUUUCUACUUAAAACUGAUAAAA